UUCCAGCACUUGAAUACGCAGUUGCUUCGUCCGCAAAGUCAACAAUGGGGGGGACGCCGACAAGAAUAAUUAUCGACAGGCUGAAAAUAAACAAUGUGCCUGUGGAAAGGUGGUAUAUACUGUAGAGGGAAAGAUAAAAAUGGCGUCUCCAAAAACCCCCUGGGGAGACAUUACAGAAGAGGAAUACUACGCCAGGCAAGGCAUAACUGGUACUAAAUUCAGGUUCGAAUCUCCGCGAGGUAUUUCACUUUUCGCACGAACAUGGGCUCCGCUAAAGGGCUCUCCCAGCGCCAUAAUAUGCAUGAUCCACGGCUACGGAAACGACAUCAGCUGGACAUUCCAGAACAACGCCAUUUUCUUCGCGCAAAUGGGCUGUGCAGCCGCAGCCAUCGAUCUCCCUGGUCACGGUCAAUCCGAUGGCCUCAAAGGUUUUGUCCCCAAUGUUGAUCACGUGGUCAACGACUGCAUUGCGUAUUUUGAUUCCAUUUACAGAGACACGAACGUUCCGAAAUUCCUGUUUGGCGAAUCCAUGGGCGCUGCCAUUUGCCUUCUCAUUCAUUUGGCCCAGCCCCAGGCAAACUGGAGCGGCGCGAUUUUGGUGGCGCCCAUGUGUAAAAUCUCCGACAAUGUGAGGCCAUCCUGGCCUGUCGCCACUUUCCUUACUUUUUUAGCCUCGCUUAUGCCCACUCUGCCAAUUGUUCCUACAGAAGAUUUGGUCGAAAAGGCCGUCAAAGUUCCCGAUAAGAGGAUUCUGGGCAGAGGGAAUCCUCACAGUUUCCUUGUUACUUGCCCAGUGUGGAUGGAGCAGGCAGUUUUUAUGAGGCAGUUGAGAGCACAAUCUGGAUGCAGCAUGUUCACCCAUCUAGGGAUUCACCCAGUGGUGAAGUUGUUUUAGAUCACCAUCCGCAUAGAACCUUUAUAAUUCUUGAUGUUGCCGCAUUAAAAUUCAUUGAGGAAAUCUUGGUGGUUGAUGGCUGAACAGUACAGGAGCCCUCUGCGUUCAAGGCUCUGUCGUGGAAGAUUUUAUCAACAAAUUGGGGUAUCAGGACUCUAGAUUCAGAGACUAAGGAAUGGCAAAUCAGUUGCAUUCUGCCUGGUGAGAAUAAUGUUCUCCACUGUGAGAAUUCAGAAGAAGUGGAUGAUCAAAUUGAAUGAUGAGCUCCACUGCAUACAGGUGGAGUUGGCAGAUUUGUGAAGGGAGUUUCUUUCGCUAUUGAGGAAGCACACUGAACUGGCCACUUGCAGGAUUCGGCUCUGUACAUGGAUGGCCAGUGUGUCAUUUCGUGCAAACGCUGGAGAUAUCAAGUUUGGUAAUCCUGCUUGCAGCUUACAAGGAUGGAGUUUUUGGGGCUAAGAGGCGAUACUUUCUUGAGCCAGGGGUCCAAGUGGCAGGCAAAGAGCACAGAUGCUUGAAGAUAUCAAGUUAAUCCUGCUUGCAGUUUCCAAGGAUGGAGUUUCUUGGGCUAAGGGGUGAUCCUUUUUUGAGCCAGGGGUCCAAGUGGCAGCCAAAGAGCACAUGGCUGUGGAUCUGGACCCAUCAGAUUGUUAAUUUGAAUUUUUUCUAGGAUGUUGUUGGUGGAAGUGUUGACAUUGAGGCUGUGAUUGAUUUUCUUAGAAUUUGCCGAAUGCUUAUUAUUUUUUAACUGAAGAUAUUCUUGCCGUUUGCUGCUCUUAAAAUA